CCUCGCCUGUUUUUGGCUUCAAACUAGCUUGGCACUGGGCGCCAUUGGUUCGAGAUACCCGCAUACUCUUAUUAUUCUGAGACGGAAUUUUGAUCUUGGAUUCUAAGAAGAAAGAUUCAUUUACGAUUUUUAUUUUAUUUUCAAAAAUAAAAAGGCUUGCAUCGAGUUCACUUGGUUAUAUAUUGCCACGACUCCUGUGGGGACCGUUACGUGGCAAAGCUUGUUUGGUAUAAGACGGGUUGCAGUAACCUUGUAUCGUGGACGCAACUAUAUCUGGGAGGAAACGAUAUUCCAUCACAAACAAUGGCAUCGACACUGCCUUCUGGGCCUUCUGGAAGCCAAAGAAUGACUCGUGGAGGACGCGCAUGGAGUGAACAGGAGGAUGCUUUCCUCAUGCAGACUCGUGAGAACAAGAUGCCGUACAAGCAGAUUGCCCAUCAGCUCAAGAAGACUGAGCUGGCUUGUCGGCUGCAUUUCCACCAGCUAGUCCGCAACAGUGCCCGUGGCCGUCGAAACCGAGGAUCAGUGUCGUCCAUGUCAGACCUCUCGCCUGAAAUGGAUGCCGCGGCCUCUGCGUCGACUUUCCGCAGAAGACGGGCACCGCACAAAAGGACGGACAGUGACAGCUCCAUGUCGACCACGUCCAGCCGUGAAUACUACCUUCCGAGGAUCACAGAGUCCAGCGGCGACUCUGCCAGGCAGCACAUCAUCCUGCCGAGACCCGCGGCCAUGCCUGAUGACUCUGCGUACACCGGCCGAGCAUCUUGGCGGCCUCGCAGCGUGGCCGAGGAGUUUGCACCCCUUCAUGACCAGCAUUACCAGCAUUACCACCACAGAACGCCGUCUCUGCCACCGCAAAGAGAGAUGAUGCCCCUCCCUCUGCCGUCGACUGCGGCCGACAUGCCGGCGCACGUCGAUCUCCCGCGUCUGCAUGCCAUCUACGACGCUCACCGCGGCGCCUUUUGGAACCACAUUGCGAGCGAGUACGGCUACAACACGCCGCCGGAGAUGUUGGAGGAUGCGUGGAGGGCAGGUGUGUAUGGCGGCGUGCAGCAGUAUCCCUGUCCUUUGUUUAAUCGUCCCAUGACGCCUGUGAGUAGCCCCGAGGCCGAGAGGAGGCAUCAUGGCGUAGACAGGACGAGGAUUUCGUCGAUAAUAUCUGGGGAUGAUGAUGCUUGUGGUGAUAGGCGGUAAAAGGGGAAGAAGUACAAAAGAAAAAAAAAAAAAAAGAAAUUAUUUUUUAAAAAAAAAAAAGUAAUAAUAGGAACGGGGUCUUAUUUUUCUUUAGGAAGCGAUGUUUUACUAUUUAUUAAUUCUUUUCACUUGAUGCGAUUUCCUUUCCUGGCGCGACUUUAUUGAUA